GAGGUGGCCCGGCGGUUAUUUCUCGUUGCAGCGCCAGUUUCCAGUCUCGUCUUGACUGCUCUGUGACCUCAUACUCUGUGGCCCUGUAACCUGCGGAGUUGGGAGCUCCACAGCUAAGAUGCCAGGUGCACCUGGAAGCCUAGAAAUGGGACCGUUGACUUUUCAGGAUGUGACCAUAGAAUUCUCUCUGGAGGAGUGGCAAUGCCUGGACACGGCUCAGCAGACUUUAUAUAGAGAUGUUAUGUUAGAGAACUACAGAAACCUGGUCUUCCUGGGUAUUGCUGUCUCUAAGCUAGACUUGAUAGCUUGUCUGAAGCAAGGGAAAGAGUCUUGGAAUAUGAAGAGACAUGAGAUGGUAACUAAACCCCCAGUUACGCGUUCUCAUUUUACACAAGACCUUUGGCCAGAUCAGAGCAUGAAAGAUUGUUUCCAAGAAGUAAUACUGAGAACAUAUACAAGAUGUGGACGUAAGAAUUUACAAUUAAGAAAAGAUUGUAAAAGUGCCAAUGAGUGUAAGAUGCACAAAGAAGGUUAUAAUAAACUUAACCAUUGUAGGACAACUACCCAGAGAAAAAUAUUUCAGUGUAACAAAGACAUGAAAGUCGUUCAUAAAUAUUCAAACUCAAAUAGAAAUAAGGUUAGACACACUAAAAAGAAAACUUUCAAAUGUAUAAAAUGUAGCAAAUCAUUUCUCAUGCUUUCACACUUAAUUCAACAUAAGAGAAUUCAUACUAAAGAGAAUAUCUACAAAUGUGAAGAUCGUGGCAAAGCCUUUAAAUGGUUCUCAACCUUUAUUAAACAUAAGAUAAUUCAUACUGCAGACAGACCCUACAAAUGUAAGAAAUGUGGCAAAGCCUUUAACUUCUCUUCAGCGUUCACUAAACAUAAGAUAAUUCAUACUGGAGAGAUACACUUCAGAUGUGAAGAAUGUGGCAAACCUUUUAACCAGUCCUCAAAUCUUACUGACCAUAAGAGAAUUCAUACUGGAGAGAAAACCUACAAAUGUGAAGAAUGUAGCAGAGCUUUUAAGGGGUCCUCAAAUUUUAAUGAAUGUAAGAUAAUUCAUACUGCAGAGAAACCCUACAAAUGUGAAGAUUGUGGCAAAACUUUUAACCAUUUCUCAGCCCUUAGAAAACAUGAGAAAAUUCAUACUGGAGAGAAACCCUACAAAUGUGAAGAAUGUGGUAAAGCUUUUAAGUGGUCCUCAAAACUUACUAUACAUAUGGUAGUUCAUACUGGAGAGAAACCCUGCAAAUGUGAAGAAUGUGGCAAAGCUUUUAGCCAGUCCUCAACGCUUAAAAAACAUAAGAUAAUUCACACUGGAAAGAAACCCUACAAAUGUGAUGAAUGUGGCAAAGCUUUUAACAGUUCCUCAACCCUUAUGAAGCAUAAGAUAAUUCAUACUGGGAAGAAACCAUACAAAUGUGAAGAAUGUGGCAAAGCUUUUAGGCAAUCCUCACACCUUACUAGACAUAAAGCAAUUCAUACUGGGGAGAAACCCUACAAAUGUGAAGAAUGUGGCAAAGCUUUUAACCAUUUCUCAACCCUUAGAAGACAUAAGAUAAUUCACACUGGAAAGAAACCCUACAAAUGUGAAGAAUGUGGCAAAGCUUUCAGCCAGUCCUCAACCCUUAGAAAACAUGUGAUAAUUCAUACUGGAGAGAAACCCUACAAAUGUGAAGAAUGUGGUAAAGCUUUUAGGUGGUCAUCAAAACUUACUUUACAUAAGGUAAUUCAUACUGCAGAGAAACCUUGCAAAUGUGAAGAAUGUGGCAAAGCUUUUAAGCAUUUCUCAGCCCUUAGAAAACAUAAAGUAAUUCAUACUAGAGAGAAAUUGUACAAAUGUGAAGAAUGUGGCAAAGCUUUUAGCCAGUCCUCAACCCUUAUGAAACAUAAGAUAAUUCAUACUGGUAGGAAACCAUACAAAUGUGAAGAAUGUGGCAAAGCUUUCAGGCAAUCCUCACACCUUACUAGACAUAAAGCAAUUCAUACUGGAGAGAAACCCUACAAAUGUGAAGAGUGUGGCAAAGCUUUUAACCAUUUCUCAGCCCUUAGAAGACAUAAGAUAAUUCACACUGGAAAGAAACCAUACAAAUGUGAAGAAUGUGGCAAAGCUUUCAGCCAGUCCUCAACCCUUAGAAAACAUGUGAUAAUUCAUACUGGAGAGAAACCCUACAAAUGUGAAGAAUGUGGUAAAGCUUUUAAGUGGUCCUCAAAACUUACUUUACAUAAGGUAAUUCAUACUGGAGAGAAACCCUGCAAAUGUGAAGAAUGUGGCAAAGCUUUUAAGCAUUUCCCAGCCCUCAGAAAACAUAAGGUAAUUCAUACUAGGGAGAAAUUGUACAAAUGUGAAGAAUGUGGCAAAGCUUUUAACAAUUUUUCCACCGUUAUGAAACAUAAGAUCAUUCAUACUGGGGAAAAACCCUACAAAUGUGAAGAAUGUGGUAAAGCUUUUAAGUGGUCCUCAAAACUUACUUUACAUAAGGUAAUUCAUACUGGAGAGAAACCCUGCAAAUGUGAAGAAUGUGGCAAAGCUUUUAAGCAUUUCUCAGCCCUUAGAAAACAUAAGGUAAUUCACACUGGAAAGAAACCCUACAAAUGUGAAGAAUGUGGCAAAGCUUUUAGCCAGUCCUCAACCCUUAGAAAACAUGAGAUAAUUCAUAGUGGAGAGAAACCCUACAAAUGUGAAGAAUGUGGUAAAGCUUUUAAGUGGUUGUCAAAACUUACUUUACAUAAGGUAAUUCACACUGGAGAGAAACCCUGCAAAUGUGAAGAAUGUGGCAAAGCUUUUAAGCAUUUCUCAGCCCUUAGAAAACAUAAGAUAAUUCAUACUGGAAAGAAACCCUACAAAUGUGAAGAAUGUGGCAAAGCUUUUAACAAUUCCUCAACCCUUAUGAAACAUAAGAUAAUUCAUACUGGGAAGAAACCAUACAAAUGUGAACAAUGUGGCAAAGCUUUUAAGCAGUCCUCACACCUUACGAGACAUAAAGUAAUUCAUACUGGGGAGAAACCCUACAAAUAUGAAGAAUGUGGCAAAGAUUUUAACAAUCCCUCAACCCUUAAGAAACAUAAGCUAAUUCAUACUAGGGAGAAAUUGUACAAAUGUGAAGAAUGUGGCAAAGCUUUUAACAAUUUCUCAGCCCUUCUGAAACAUAAAAUAAUUCAUACCGGGGAGAAACCCUACAAAUGUGAAGAAUGUGGUAAAGCUUUUAAGUGGUCCUCAAAACUUACUGAACAUAAAGUAAUUCAUACUGGUGAGAAACCCUGCAAAUGUGAAGAAUGUGGUAAAGCUUUUAAGCAUUUUUCAGCCCUUAGAAAACAUAAGAUAAUUCAUACUGGGAAGAAACCAUACAAAUGUGAAGAAUGUGGCAAAGCUUUUAACAAUUCCUCAACUCUUAUGAAACAUAAGAUAAUUCAUACUGGAGAGAAACCCUACAAAUGUGAAGAAUGUGGCAAAGCUUUUAACAAUUUCUCAACCCUUAUGAAACAUAAGAUAAUUCAUACUGGGGAGAAACCCUACAAAUGUGAAGAAUGUGGCAAAGCUUUUAACAAUUCCUCAACCCUUAUGAAACAUAAGAUAAUUCAUACUGGGGAGAAACCCUACAAAUGUGAAGAAUGUGGCAAAGCUUUUAACAAUUUCUCAACCCUUAGGAAACAUAAGAGAAUUCAUACUGGCAAGAAACCCUACAAAUGUGAUGAAUGUGGCAAAGCUUUUAACAAUUUCUCAACCCUUACUAAACAUAAUUCAUUCUGUAGAGAAACCCUACAAAUGUGAAGAAUGUGGGAAAGCAUUUAACCAGUCGUCACACCUUACUAGACACAAAACAAUUCAUACUGGAGAGAAACCCUACAAAUGUGAAGAAUGUGGCAAAGCUUUUAUUCAAUGCUCAUACCUUACUAGACAUAAAACAAUUCAUAUUGAAGAGAAACCCUACAAAGGUGAAAGUACCAAAGCUUUUAAGGAAUCCUCACCCUUUACUAGACAAAAUAAUACUGGAGAGAAACCCUACAAAUGUGAAGAAUGUGGCAAAGCUUUUAACCAUCCUUCAACCCUUGCUAAACAUAAGCUAAUUCAUACUAGGGAGAAACCCUAAAAAUGUGAAUAAUGUGGCAGAGCUUUCAACCAUUUUACAAACCUUAAUACACAUAAGAUAAUUUAUACUAGAGAAGACCAUGCAUGUGUGAAGAAUGUGGCAAACUUUUAACCAGUCCUCAAGCCUUACUAGACAUAAAACAAUUCAUACUGGAGAGAAACCCUACAAAUGUAAUAAUGUGGCAAAACUUUUUUUUAUACUUUAAG